GUUGGCAACAGAUUGCGAAAAUAUAAUGAUUUGAUGGUUGUGUUAGUGGCAGCUGGAAAUGUGUGGCGUUAAUGAAGUCCUUUUGAUUUGUUGUUUGUGGGUGGUGAUUGUGUUGGGUGGGAAUGCAAAUGGGCAUGAACAUGAGUAUGAUGAUUGUCCAGAGUCAUUUGAUUGCGGAAGUUUGGGAAAAAUUUCCUUCCCUUUCAGCAGCGUAGAAAGGCAGAAGUGUGGUGUUUUGGCAAUCCAUGGGUGCAGUGAUGUUAAGCAAAGUGUCCAGUUGAAGAAUGGAGGAAAACAUUUCAAAGUUACACGAGUUAAUUCUUAUAGUCAGUGGCGGCGGACUAGUAUUUCCAUGAUCGACGAGGAUUUUUUGAAGCUUGUGCAAAAUGAUAGUUGUGAGGCCCUCAGCUAUAAUAUUAGCGUCCCUCCCUCCUCUCCUUUGGGUUAUUUUGAUGUGAAAAACAAUGUAACAGUCUUCGAAUGCAGCAAGCAGAAGAAAGUGAAGGAUACAGAUAAUUUCAUCAAGUAUACCACAUGUUCCUCUGAUUUUUACUUUGCCUCUUCCUACUCUCCUCACCCCUCUCUGCGCUCUUUAAACUCCUCAUGUUCUAUUUUUCAACUUCCCGUCAUACAAGAUUCCCAGUUCAACAAAAAUCCUUUUGGAUUUCUGACUGCUGAAAUUACCUUUGACUUCCACUUUUCACUUGCCUGUGAUCAGUGUCGAACCAACCAAGGAGGCCAUUGUCGAUCUGACAGCAAGGGAAAUAUUUAUUGUACCCGGAGGAGGAAAGGUAGAGUUUCGACCACUCGGAAGCUAGGAUUGAUGCUAGGCAUCGGUGUUGGACCAUGGAUCAUAUUUGGAUUGAUCCUCACGUUACGGCACUACAAACGGAAAUAUGGUUCCGAACGCGUUCAACUCCAAUUGAGCAACACUUCUGCUGAUCCCUACCCAAAUCGUGACACAGAGAGUGACAGGAUCUUCUUUGGGGUACCCGUCUUUUCUUAUAAGGAACUUCAAGAAGCAACAAACAAUUUUGAUCAUACUAGAAAGCUAGGAGAUGGAGGCUUUGGCACUGUUUACUAUGGCACACUAAGAGAUGGAAGAGAAGUAGCAAUCAAGCAUCUAUUUGAGCACAAUUACAGGAGAGUGGAACAGUUCAUGAAUGAAAUUGAGAUCCUCACUCGGCUACGCCACAGAAACCUUGUGUCCCUCUAUGGCUGCACUUCACGACACGGCCACGAGCUAUUGCUUGUGUAUGAAUACAUUCCAAAUGGCACAGUUGGUAGCCAUGUCCAUGGUGAUUUAGCAAGGGUUGGUCUGUUGACAUGGUCUAUUCGAAUGCAAAUUGCCAUAGAAACUGCUACUGCAUUGGCUUAUCUGCAUGCCUCCAACAUCAUCCACCGUGAUGUGAAAACCAACAACAUUCUACUUGACAUUAAUUUUUCGGUUAAGGUAGCAGAUUUUGGUCUUUCAAGAUUGCUCCCCAACGACGUAAGUCAUGUCUCCACAGCUCCACAAGGCUCUCCGGGGUAUCUUGACCCUGAAUAUUUCCAAUGCUACAGACUCACUGACAAGAGUGAUGUGUAUAGCUUUGGGGUUGUGCUCAUGGAGUUGAUAUCAUCUAUGCCAGCGGUUGAUGCAGCCAGAGAACGAGAUGAAGUUAACUUGACAAAUCUUGCCAUGAAAAAGAUUCGAAAGGGAAAGCUUGGUGAGCUUGUAGACCCUUCCUUGGGGUUUGAGUCAGACCAACAAGUUAGAAGGAUGAUGACUUCAGUGGCAGAAUUGGCUUUUCGGUGCGUGCAAGGACACGUUGUAUUAAGGCCUUCUAUGGAUGAAGUUCUGGAAACACUCAAGAUAAUUCAAAGUGGGAAAUAUGACUCUCAGCCUGCGCAUCAACAGAAACAAGGUGAUGGUGGUUUUAUCUUUUCGACUUCCACUUCAAUUGAAGAAGUACAUGCAUCUGUUGGAAUUUUUAACGAUCAGAAGCUAGCAGACUCACCAAAUUCCUUCACUCAGAAUAGGGAAAGUGAAUCCAACACGCCCAAUGUUAGUGGUUAAGCACUUUUUGUCUAAUAAUAACACUAGUUUUUCACUUUUUGCUAUAAAAAAAAAAAAAAAAAAAAAAAAAAAAAAAAAA